CACAGAGAGGAACUGUGGUUCAUUCUGAUGUUUCUCUUCCUCAGCAAAAACUUAUCCACCCUAUCUGGCUCUCCUCCUCUGUUUCACUGCAUCUUCAUCUUUCAUCAAAUGAUCCAUCUAUCAGCCACCUGCAGCUGAUCUUUUAAGCCACACUUCAGCCACAACAUGAGCAUGCGGAAACUGAGUUUCAAGUGGUUCGGCAGCCUCACCAACCUCUCUUUUCGCCGCUCCAGUGAUAAAUCCGACUCCAAGUCUUCUCAAUCAAAGUCUGAGUGUGCACUUGGAGAUGGCAGUGACCGUGCUGCUGUCCCCACAAAGGUCCUGGCUUCAGUUGCUGAAACAACAGUGGACGACUUGGGUGCCAUACGCCCUCGCACAGCCAGCUACGUACGCUCCAGUGAAAGUUACACACAUGUAGGCACGCUGCCACGGCUGCUGAGGAGGAAGAGGGAAAAGAGUACCAAAGGAGGCCCCAGUGGCAGUAAGAAGAGUAAAGACAAGAGCAGCACCAGCAGAAGUCAAAGCCAGCGACUUCCAGGGGACAAAGACCAUGACCUCCCAAGAAUCACAGCCACCUCAUGCAAAGCGACUGGGGAUGAAGCUGCAGUUAAAGCUGACAACCAAGACUCUGCCACUGAUCCCAAGACGCAGAUGGAAGCCACAGGUGAAAUCAAUGUCACAAGCACCCAAAACAUCAUCUCUGGACCCACAGGCGUCUGUGAAGAUGUGUCACCAUCUGGUGGCCCAAGUGCUACACUCCAAGCAGAGACUGGUGACAAGCAAGAAACCGGCCAGGCAGGAGCAGACUUGAACCCUGAAGAGACUUCAUCACGUCCACCAAGCCAGGGGAGCGAUCAGUCCGAGACUCUUGAGCAUGACGGGUUAGAGUCUGGGCUUGUAUCUAAAACAGUGGAGGUCACAGAGAGUGGAGAGCAGACCGAAGGAGCAGAUGAAGGAAACCAAAAGUCUGACAGCCCUCACAGCCACAUGGAGCCAGCAGAAAACCAGGGUGAAUAUGUGCAGUUCUCCAAGGAGAAGUACCUGCUGGAGUCUCCCCCUGAGAAACUUCGUAAGGAGCUGGAGGAGGAGCUGAAACUGAGCCCUGCUGACAUCCGGAGCCAUGGCUGGUACCAUGGACACAUACCCAGAGAGGUGUCAGAGACUCUGGUUUUGCGUAAUGGAGAUUUCCUGGUGCGUGACUCUCUGACCAGUGUGGGUGACUAUGUUCUGACCUGUCGAUGGAAUAAUGAAGUGCUGCACUUCAAGAUUAGCAAAGUCCUGGUCAAAUCGAAUGAGACCAAGGUGCAGUACGUGUUGGAGACCGACAGUUUCGAUUCGGUCCAGGAGCUUGUGCGGUUCUACGUAGGCCAGCGCAAAUCUGUCUCCCAGUCCAGCGGUGCCCACAUCUACUGUCCUGUCAGCAGGACUCUCCCUCUGCGCUACCUGGAGGCCACCUUCGCACUGUCCAGCAGCAAGCAAGGCUCUGCCUACUCACCGUCCAGUCAGAGGGGAGCGUACAUCAAGAGAAGGAGCGUCACCAUGACUGAUGGGCUGACGACGGAGAAAAUGAUACCUCACAGCCCGUCAACAAUCCACCACCACAAAGAUGCAAUGCGGAACUGUGCCAUGAGCAUGGACCAGAUUCAGGAAUAUCGUUGCCCCUUAUCACCUGUUGGGGAAACCCCACUGUCUCCUGCAUAUAGUGCUAUCACCAGACAAAGAGCCCACUCAGGCGGGCGGGUCCUGGCUGUCGUCCCACCCUCCCCUGUGAUGCGUCGUUCCAGCGACCCCCAGGUCAGCCCCUCAGCCAGUGACAACCCUCCAGAGCAUCCCGCGCAUACCUCUCAUUCGGCGCACUCCACACCUGCCCAUCAUCCCAGCUACCAAUCACAUUCCUCAGAAACAGCAGGGAGCUACUGUGACCUCAGACCUUGCCCACCCGGGCCCCCCAAGCCCCCGGCCAAGAGCUACGUGGAGCGAUUGCGAGUCGAGGAAGGGAGGGAGGAUGGAGCGAGGGAGGAAGGAGAGGGGAUGUUCUGUGCUCCACAGGUGGAAACAGCAUCCUCAUUCAGACCAUCCAGGUACGAGUCUUGCCUUUUGCCAGCUGAGAAUAAGCCUCUGGAGAUGUCGGUGCUGAAGAGAGUCAAAGAGCUGCUGGCUGAGGUGGAUGCAAGGACUGCGGCUAAACACAUCACCAUGGUGGACUGCACGGUGGCUAGAAUAUUGGGCGUAACCUCAGAGAUGCAAAGGAUGAUGGGAGUGUCCUCAGGGCUGGAGUUACUGACACUUCCACAUGGACACCAGCUGAGACUUGACCUGCUGGAGAGGUUCUACACCAUGUCUAUUAUGAUGGCAGUGGACCUGCUGGGCUGCACAGGAAGCACGGAGGAGAGGGCGGCCUUGCUCCAUAAGACCAUCCAGUUGGCAGCGGAGUUGAAAAGCAACCUGGGCAACAUGUUUGGCUUUGCUGCAGUGAUGAGAGCCCUGGAGUUGCCACAGAUUUCCCGCCUGGAACAGACGUGGGUGACAUUACGGCAGAGACAUACAGAGGGUGCUAUUUUAUAUGAGAAGAAACUCAAACCUUUCAUGAAGAAUAUGAACGAUGGCAAAGAGUCUAGUGUUCUGUCCAAUACCUCCUUUCCCCACAUCAUUCCCGUCCUGUCCCUGUUGGAGCGAGGCAUGGCUCUCGGGGAGGUGCUGGAGCCGUGGGAGAGCUCAGAGGUUGGAGUAGAUGUGGUCAUGUACCACCUAGAGUCAGCUCGUAACGUCGCACAUCACGGGGGAAUCUACAGAACCAACGCUGAGACCAAACUGCAGGGAGUCCAGGAGCGAGCAGAGAUACACGAGAUCUUCCAGACGGAGUUUCAGAUGCGUCUCCUUUGGGGCAGCCGUGGCUCUGAGGGCAGCCAAUCGGAGCGUUACGAGAAGUUUGACAAGGUUCUCACUGCCCUGUCACACAAGCUGGAGCCUCCUGUGCGCCACAGCGAGCUAUAGCACCUACCCCAUCUCCCGCAAUCGAAAAAACACCCCCAUCUGCACUCACCACUCAUAGUGGAACAGUCUUGUUUUGCACCGCUGGGGAUGAUGUGGAAAAGUCCAGUAUGAACACAGGGAGGGGUGAGAGCAUAUGCAGAGGCAGCUAAAAGAGCAUGUGCAUUGAGCACUAUGAAUAAAGAAAAGAAGGUUACUCACUUAUAGCGUGUUGCACUGACUGUGGACUCCAAAUAGGGCAUGGAGAUCCUUCUGUUCCUCCCUUUGGACUUCCUCACUUAGCGCUAAAAUAUUUAAAUGGCAACAAAUCAGAGACAAGCUAAGUAGAAAAGAAUAUGGGGGACAUAGGUGACCCGCUCCUCUGCUUGGUACAAACAGUAACAUGUGUACGGUGUGCCCCGAGGACCAAACAGAGCUGCAGAGUUUGGCUUUACUCCAAUAAAACACAGACACUCUUGUUUCAACUGCUGUCACACACUGUAGCAGAAAUAACAACAAUAACUUACAUAGCUCAUAUAUAGAUGUUUUGUCUGUGCGAAUGAGUGAGUGUCUGUCUGUUUGUAUGCAUAUGUAUGUAUGUUUACAUUCCUUUAUUUUUGUGUGUCAUUAAUGUUCCAUGUGUUUUGGGGUUUUUUUGUCUUAUUUAUUUGAUUGGAUCAAAGGAUAUCAGAACAUUAUGGAUGUUGCUUCACCAAAAGUCAUGAGAAUCUGUCAGUGCUCAUUCUGAGGGAACCAUGUUCAUAAAAGCUCAUUAAAAAUGUAUCAAGCAGUCCCAUUGAAUCCCAUUAAAAAUGUAUCAGGCAUGCAUUAAUAAAUGUAUCAGAAAUGAAACAUUUGCAAAAGUAAUGCUGCAACUUCGGCACGAGGGCUUUGCAAGUUGUUAAAAACAUUAAGAGGAACAAAGCAAUCCUCCCUCUGUUGUAACUGUUCAACUAAUACAUUUGAUAUUGUGUGUCUUGUGCACAAAAUGUAGCUAAACACAAGCAUUGUGUGACAGAGGAAAACUGGGAUGCAUACUCUUUAAAUCUAGUUGAAGCAAUGUUUCACUUAGUAUAGAAACAUUUAUGAACAUGCUUUGGUACGACUCUAGCUUCAGCAAUCUGGAGCAGCAGUUUGUAAAUUUCCAGAAAUAAUUAAAAUGGUUGAUGCAUGCAGCUAUAAAUGUUGCACCAAGUAAAAUGUUGCUUUAAACUAAUAAUUUAGAUAUAAAGAUGUGUCAAAGUAUAAGAUAUUUUAUGUCUGUGGAUGACCUUGAAGGGUACUCGAUAGAUGGAGAAAAAUUUGACAUCUUUCAUCUCUUAUUGGGUUUGGAGAUAUAAAUGGAAAAAAAAAAACUUCCAAACUGAAUCAAUGAAGGACAUGUAAACCACAGCCCUGCUACAGAGAAUUUUUUUUCUUUUAUAUGUUUUGAAUUCGUGUUUUGGCAAUAGAGCUUAAAUGAUCUGAAUCGUUUUAUUUUAAUGGGAAUUACAUUUUGGUUGAGUGUUCGGUGUUAAAUCAUUGCUGUAUUUACAGUAUGUGGGCCUGAGAGGGCUGGAGCCAACUCUCAGGGCUAUGCAAUCGUUUCAACCAAGGGCUGAGACCCCUAAAGAGCAGACACCCAUUCAGAAUGUUUAAGGAAAUCUUUGUCAGUUUUUCACUUUUUCUCCUGACAUCACCUUGUUUUUUGAAAUGUUUAUGCUUUGUUAUUUCUAACCUUUUCUUAUCCAAACUAAUAAUCUAUAUAUGAAUACAUUUCAUAUAAGAUAUCAAUCAAAUAAUUCUAAAAAAUGAAUGUUCCUUAAAUGUCCCACUUUCUAGCCUGAACCGUAUUUGGGCUAAGCUGUACAGAUCAGAGUUCAUGAGAUGUGGAGUCAUAUGCCAGUUCCCGCUGUGGUCCAACAGGGGGCGAUCUUUAGUCAGCAAAAAAACCACUGAAUCUUUAAUUGUAAUACAAUAUAACAGAUGAACACAUACACACAAUGGAAAUGUUUAUUGUGUGUGUUUUUAGACCAAGAGGAUGCCUGCUGGUUUAGGUUUGAUAUCUACGAUCUCCAAUGAUUGAAAAUGAAAAUUGACAAUGAUGUAAUGUUUUUAUUUGUCCUCUGUUGAAUGCUGUACAGGAAUGCUCUGACAGUGUGUGGACUCUCCUGUUAUGUGUGACAGGGCUGUAUGAGAUGGACUUGAAAAGCAAAAAGACAAGAAAUGAUUUAGGACUGAUCUCAUGUUUUUUUACUUACUGUACAUAGCAAUUCACUUUUUUUUCAAAUAAAAUGAUUGCUUGUC